AGAGGCGCGGCACGCCACCGGCACCAGCGAGGACGCCGGUCCAUAUAUAAGGCGGCCGGCGGGCUGUCUCCGCACAGUUCAGCAGCUGCAGCCGUCCACAGCAUCAUGAAGGUCCUGGUCGUCCUGAGCGCCGUUUUGGCGGUAUGCGUCGCCACCCCCGGCUACCUGUCGGCGCCAGCGCUGCUGGCCCGCGGCAUCGCCGCCCCCGGCCUCCUCGCCGCCCACGCGCCGGCAGUGAUAGCCGCUGCCCCCGCUGUCGUCCGCACCAUCCCUCCCGGCGGCCCCGCCAACAUCGUGAUCGGACCUGGCGGCGUGCCCCUGGACACCCCUGAGGUCGCCGCCGCCAAGGCGUCGCACGCCGCCGCCGUCGCCGAGACGAGGGCCCGCGAUGCCGUCGUGAACGCCGCCCCCGCCGUCGUGGCCGCCGCCUCCCCCGCCGUCGUGGCCCCCGCCCCCGCCGUGAUCGCCGCCAGGACGCCGGCCGCCACCGUGCUGGCCGGCCACGGGCUGCUCGCCCCCGCCGCCGCCCUCCGCUACGCCGCCGCCGUGCCGGCACUGCGCUACGCGGCCGUCGCCCCCGCUGCCCUCGGAUACGCCGCCGCCCACACCAUCGUGGCGCCGGUCCCCAUCCACCCCGGCUACGCCGCGUACGGACCGGCCAACAUCGUGAUCGGACCCGGCGGUGUGCCCCUGGACACCCCUGAGGUCGCCGCCGGCAAGGUCGCCGACGCCGUCGCCCACCUGGAAGCCAAGGCCCGCAACGGCGUCCUGCUGGAGUUUGGAUCUAAGUUGCCUCUACGGGUGAAUGUGGACAAUCCGCACCUGCUGCCUGCGACGGCAGAGGAGGCGGUCUUCACGCAUCCAGGAGCCCCUCCGCCUCCACCUCUGCCGCCGUUGCAUCACCACAGUCACCGCCAGCGAUGGUCGAGGCCGCCGGCAGAAGACGUGCAGAAGGACGCGCUGACCAGUCCAUCCGCGUCCCAUCCCGCCUAUAUAAGCCGGCAGCUGCUCCACCAGGGUAGGCAGACGCCAGAGCCGCAGACCAGCGUCAACAUGAAGCUCCUGGUGGUACUAAGCGCUGUGGUGGCGACAGCACUGGCUCGUCCCGGAUACCUGGGAGCAGCAGGCAUUGCUGGUCUUCUGGGCAAUGGCAUCGGCGCCUCAGCACCAGGUCUCGGGACAGCGGGCAUCAUUGGAGCUGGCAGAUCUACCUACCUGGGAGCUGGUACAAACUAUCUGGGAGCAGGCAGUGCCCCUGUAGGAGGUCCAGCCAACAUCGUCGUCGGUCCUGACGGAGUGCCUGCAGACACACCUGAGGUGGCUGCUGCCAAGGCUGGCCACGCAAAGGCUGUCGCUGAGACACAGGCGCGCGACGCCGCUCAGGACGCCGCCGAUGCUGCAGCGGGCGUCUACGGUGGAGUCGGCGCCGGGGUUGGUGCUGGACUUGGUGCUGGGUAUGGCGCCGGGGCUGGGCUUGGUGCUGGAUACGGGGCUGGGCUUGGUGCUGGAUACGGGGCUGGACUUGGUGCUGCAUAUGGAGCUGGUGCUGGACUUGGUGCUGGACUUGGUGCUGGGUAUGGCGCAGGUGUGGGAGCCGGAUUGGGCGCUGGAGCCGGCGCUCCAGGCGCAGGUCUGGCUCUUUACGGCCCAGCCAACAUCGUGAUCGGCCCCGACGGCGUGCCACAGGACACCCCUGAAGUGGCCAACGCCAAGGCAGCCCACGCCAAUGUCGUGGCGCAGACGCAGGCACGCGACGCAGCCCAGGCCGCCGCCGACGCCGCUGCUGGAGGUGCGGCAGGAGGUUACGCCGCUGGAGGUGUGGCAGGAGCCCUCGCUGGCAUCGGCUACGGGGGGGUGGGCCUGGGAGCGGCCGCGGCUCCGUCUCAGGGGCUGGCGCGGUACGGCCCGGCCAACAUCCAGAUCGGGCCCGGCGGAGUGCCCCUGGACACCCCUGAGGUGGCUGCGGGGAAGGUUGCCGACGCGGUCGCCCACCUGCACGCCAAGGCCCGCCUGGGUCUCAUCGCUGGAUGAAGUCUUCGCGAAAUUCCUGCCUUAUUCUGACGACGCGACUGACUACUUCCUGCCCACUGCUCAAGACAACUGGACAUGCUACUCUCGUAUUGUAUAUAAUAAUUUAUUAAGAUUAAAAAAAAAUGUUGUAGAUGUCUUCUUGCAAUAAACAGA